GAGGCUUGGGUUGCAGACUCCGGGGCUACAGCUUCUGUCAGUCGUGGGUCGGUCCUCCUGCCGGCCCACCUUCUUCCUCCUUCUCCUGGGGGAGGCGCGGUGGAGUCCACCCUCAGGUUCCCCCGAUGGGGGAGAAGCGGCGACAGCAGCAGUGGAAUAACCGAGCCGGAGCGUGAGCGGCCCCGUGGCUCGGUUCACCGCGGAGGCCAUGGGCGACCCGGCCCCCGCCCGCAGCCUGGACGACAUCGACCUGUCCGCCCUGCGGGACCCUGCUGGGAUCUUUGAGCUGGUGGAGGUGGUUGGCAAUGGAACCUACGGACAGGUGUACAAGGGUCGGCAUGUCAAGACUGGGCAGCUGGCUGCCAUCAAGGUCAUGGAUGUCACGGAGGACGAGGAGGAAGAGAUCAAGCAGGAGAUCAACAUGUUGAAAAAGUAUUCUCACCACCGCAACAUUGCCACCUACUAUGGGGCCUUCAUCAAGAAGAGCCCCCCUGGGAAUGAUGACCAGCUCUGGCUGGUGAUGGAGUUCUGUGGUGCUGGUUCAGUGACCGACCUGGUAAAGAACACAAAAGGGAAUGCUCUGAAGGAGGACUGCAUUGCCUACAUCUGCAGGGAGAUUCUCAGGGGAUUGGCUCAUCUCCAUGCCCAUAAAGUGAUCCACCGAGACAUCAAGGGACAGAAUGUGCUACUAACAGAGAAUGCUGAGGUCAAGCUAGUGGAUUUUGGGGUGAGUGCUCAGCUGGACCGCACUGUGGGCAGACGGAACACAUUUAUUGGGACCCCAUACUGGAUGGCUCCAGAGGUCAUCGCCUGUGACGAGAACCCUGAUGCCACCUACGAUUACAGAAGUGACAUUUGGUCUUUAGGAAUCACAGCCAUUGAGAUGGCAGAGGGAGCCCCCCCUCUGUGUGACAUGCACCCCAUGCGAGCCCUCUUCCUUAUCCCUCGGAACCCUCCACCCAGGCUCAAGUCCAAGAAAUGGUCUAAGAAGUUCAUCGACUUCAUUGACACAUGUCUCAUCAAGACUUACCUGAGCCGCCCGCCAACCGAGCAGCUACUGAAGUUUCCCUUCAUCCGAGACCAGCCCACAGAGCGGCAGGUCCGUAUCCAGCUCAAGGACCACAUUGACCGGUCCCGGAAGAAGCGGGGUGAGAAAGAGGAGACAGAAUAUGAGUAUAGCGGCAGUGAAGAAGAAGACGACAGCCAUGGAGAAGAAGGAGAGCCAAGCUCCAUCAUGAAUGUGCCUGGGGAGUCCACACUACGCCGGGAAUUCCUCCGGCUCCAGCAGGAGAAUAAGAGCAACUCCGAGGCUUUAAAGCAGCAGCAGCAGCUACAGCAGCAGCAACAGCGAGACCCUGAGGCGCACAUCAAACACUUGCUGCACCAGCGGCAGCGUCGAAUAGAGGAGCAAAAGGAGGAGCGGCGGCGAGUUGAGGAGCAACAGCGUCGAGAGCGUGAACAGCGGAAGCUGCAGGAAAAGGAGCAGCAGCGGCGGCUGGAGGACAUUCAGGCUCUGCGGCGGGAGGAGGAGCGGCGGCAGGCUGAGCGAGAGCAGGUACUGGCCACCAGCACACACCCACCUCCCCAUCUGCCCUCUGUCCUCCCUGUCUACCCUUCCCCUGCACCUGCUGCCUGCCUCCCUUGCUCCCCAGUGCCCUUUACCCUUUGCUCCCCUACCCUUAGAUUCCUCCUAUCUUUUCUAGCUUCACUCUUUCUCUCUGUUUUCUCCCACCCUUCAACCCCCAACCCUGGCUCCCUGCCCUCCUGUCUCUGUGCCUUCAUUCCCCAUCUCUAUCCAUUUCUGAUUCCUCUCCGCUGCACCUUCCCUCAUGGUACCCACCUGCUUCCUCCUCAUUCCCUGUGCCCUAUUCUUCCCAUCUGUGCUGUAUUACCCCCUGGCACUCAUCUUCUCCUGCACCCCCCUCAUCCUCACUUUGCUGAUCCCUUGUGGCUGCUGCUGCCCCUCCUCUGCCACCUCUCCCUCUCUCCCUGCCCUGUGCCCCCACCCCACCCUACCCCCCAGGAAUAUAUUCGUCACAGGCUAGAGGAGGAGCAGCGACAGCUCGAGAUCCUUCAGCAACAGCUGCUCCAGGAACAGGCCCUACUGCUGGAAUACAAGCGGAAGCAGCUAGAGGAGCAGCGGCAAUCCGAACGUCUCCAAAGGCAGCUGCAGCAGGAGCAUGCCUACCUCAAGUCCCUGCAGCAGCAGCAGCAGCAGCAGCAGCAACUUCAGAAGCAGCAGCAGCAACAGCAGCAGCAGCAGCAGCAGCAGCAGCAGCAGCAGAUCCUGCCUGGGGACAGAAAGCCUCUGUAUCAUUAUGGUCGGGGCAUCAAUCCUGCUGACAAACCAGCCUGGGCUCGAGAGGUAGAAGAGAGAACAAGGAUGAACAAGCAGCAGAACUCUCCCUUGGCCAAGACCAAGACAAGCAGCACAGGCCCAGAGCCUCCCAUCCCCCAAGCCUCCCCCGGCCCCCAAGGGCCUCUUUCCCAAACUCCUCCUAUGCAGAGGCCAGUGGAGCCUCAGGAGGGACCACACAAGAGCCUGGUGGCACACCGGGUCCCACUGAAGCCAUAUGCAGCACCUGUACCCCGAUCCCAGUCCCUGCAGGACCAGCCCACCAGAAACCUGGCUGCCUUCCCAGCCUCCCACGACCCUGACCCUGCCAUCCCCACACCCACUGCCACGCCCAGUGCCCGAGGAGCUGUCAUCCGCCAGAAUUCAGAUCCCACGUCUGAAGGGCCUGGUCCCUCCCCGAACCCCCCAGCCUGGGUCCGGCCAGAUAAUGAGGCCCCACCCAAGGUACCUCAGAGGACCUCAUCUAUUGCCACUGCCCUUAACACCAGUGGGGCCGGAGCGUCCCGGCCAGCUCAGGCUGUCCGUGCCAGACCUCGCAGCAACUCCGCCUGGCAAAUCUAUCUGCAAAGGCGGGCAGAGCGGGGCACCCCCAAGUCUCCAGGGCCCCUUGCUCAGCCCCCUGGCCCGCCCAACGCCUCUAGUAACCCGGACCUCAGGAGGAGUGACCCCGGCUGGGAGCGCUCCGACAGUGUCCUCCCAGCCUCUCAUGGGCACCUCCCCCAGGCUGGCUCGCUGGAACGAAAUCGAAAUCGUGUGGGAGCCUCCACCAAACUGGACAGCUCCCCAGUGCUCUCCCCUGGGAACAAAGCCAAGCCUGAUGACCAUCGUUCACGGCCAGGCCGGCCCGCAAGCUAUAAGCGAGCGAUUGGUGAGGAUUUUGUGUUGCUGAAAGAGCGAACCUUGGAUGAAGCCUCCCGGCCACCCAAGAAAGCCAUGGACUAUUCAUCAUCCAGUGAGGAGGUGGAGAGCAGUGAAGAUGAUGAGGAAGAAGGCGAUGGUGAACCAUCAGAGGGGAGCAGAGACACCCCUGGGGGGCGCAGCGAUGGAGACACAGACAGUAUCAGCACCAUGGUGGUUCACGAUGUUGAGGAGAUAGCUGGGAGCCAGCCGCCAUACGGGGGUGGCACCAUGGUGGUCCAGCGUACUCCUGAGGAGGAACGAAGCCUGUUGCAUGCUGACAGCAAUGGCUACACGAACCUUCCAGACGUGGUCCAGCCUAGCCACUCACCUACCGAGAACAGCAAAGGUCAAAGUCCCCCCUCAAAGGAUGGAAGCAGUGAUUACCAGUCUUGUGGCCUGGUAAAGGCCCCUGGCAAGAGCUCGUUCACCAUGUUUGUGGAUCUAGGAAUCUACCAGCCUGGAGGCAGUGGGGAUACCAUCCCCAUCACAGCCCUCGUGGGUGGAGAGGGAGCUCGGCUAGAUCAGCUGCAGUAUGAUGUGAGAAAAGGCUCUGUGGUCAAUGUGAAUCCUACCAACACCCGGGCUCACAGUGAAACUCCUGAGAUUCGGAAGUACAAGAAGCGAUUCAACUCUGAGAUCCUCUGUGCGGCCCUUUGGGGCGUCAACCUGCUGGUGGGUACAGAGAACGGGCUAAUGUUGCUGGACCGAAGCGGGCAGGGCAAGGUGUAUGGACUCAUUGGGCGGCGACGCUUCCAGCAAAUGGAUGUACUGGAAGGGCUCAACUUGCUCAUCACCAUCUCAGGGAAAAGGAACAAACUACGGGUGUAUUACCUGUCCUGGCUCCGGAACAAGAUCCUGCACAAUGACCCAGAGGUGGAGAAGAAGCAGGGCUGGACCACUGUGGGGGACAUGGAGGGCUGCGGACACUACCGUGUCGUGAAAUAUGAGCGCAUUAAGUUCCUCGUUAUUGCCCUGAAGAACUCUGUGGAGGUGUAUGCCUGGGCCCCCAAACCCUACCACAAAUUCAUGGCCUUCAAGUCUUUUGCUGACCUCCCUCACCGCCCUCUGCUGGUCGACCUGACGGUAGAGGAGGGACAGCGGCUUAAGGUCAUCUAUGGCUCCAGUGCUGGCUUCCAUGCUGUGGAUGUUGACUCGGGGAACAGCUAUGACAUCUACAUCCCUGUGCAUAUCCAGAGCCAAAUCACACCCCAUGCCAUCAUCUUCCUCCCCAACACCGAUGGCAUGGAGAUGCUGCUGUGCUAUGAAGAUGAGGGUGUCUAUGUCAACACGUACGGGCGGAUCAUUAAAGAUGUGGUGCUGCAGUGGGGAGAGAUGCCCACCUCUGUGGCCUACAUCUGCUCCAACCAGAUAAUGGGCUGGGGUGAGAAAGCCAUUGAGAUCCGUUCUGUGGAGACAGGACACCUGGAUGGGGUCUUCAUGCACAAACGGGCCCAGAGGCUGAAGUUCCUGUGUGAGCGGAAUGACAAGGUAUUUUUUGCCUCCGUCCGCUCUGGGGGCAGCAGCCAAGUUUACUUCAUGACCCUGAACCGGAACUGCAUUAUGAACUGGUGAUGGCCGGGCUGGGGCCACCCACACUGGACCAGCUCCUCCAGCCACAUUUCCCCAGCCGCCCCCAUUCUCUUCCCUGGGCUUUUGCUUUUACUGGUUUAAUUCACUGGAGCCUGCUGGGAACGUGACCUCCAACCACCCGUCAUGCUUUUGUGAUCAUGUGACUGUCCCUUUCCCCAACAUGUUCUCUCUCUGAAACUGUGCCUGUCCCCAACUUUUGGGGAGGGACACAGCUUCUUACCAGGAGUAGACUGGGCCUCCCCCACCCCCUUUCUCCACUUAGGAGAGUGCUUGGGGCUCAGACCCCUUACCCCACUGCUGUUGACUGGGCAGGGCCCUGGACCCCUUUACUUGCACGUCAGGGGAGCCGGCUCCCCCCUUGAAUGUACCAGACUCUGGGGGGGGGUCACUGGGCCCUAAGUUCUGGGGGGGGGGCGGUCACCGGCCACUCCAGGGUUAGGGACCAUUUCCUCAUUUUCUGAAAGCACUUUAACGAUUCCUUUCCCGCUCAAACCCCAGGGAAUGGAGGGGGGACCCCGCCAACCAAAAUAUUCCCCCUUUCCAGCUCCCAUCUCUUCUAGCCUCUCCCUUUUCCUGGUGGAGGGAGAGAGCAGGGAGCUCUCACCCUCCACACCCCUUUGCUUGCAUCUGUAUAUAGUGUGAGCAGCAAGUAGCCCUUCUCUUCCCUGCCCUGCCCCUCCUCAAUGUAGUGGCCUUGGAUAUCCCGUUUGUUAAUAAAGACGAUUCAACCAGCACCCACCA